AUGGCGAUGUCACUAUCAGGAGCUGUCCUCGGUGGGCUUACUUCUUCUUUCCACAGCGGAGGAGCCAAGCUUAGCAGCGUUAGCUCCGUCCGAGUUGGCCAGAAGACUGAGCUCGUCCUCGUCGCUCAGCGCAAGAAGUCGUUGGCCUUCGCCGUUAAAAGUGAAGGCAACAUCCUCGAUGACCUCAACGACGCCACAAAGAAAGCUUCGGAUUUCGUGACGGAGAAGACAAAGGAGGCGUUGAAAGAUGGUGAGAAAGCAAAGGACUACGUUGUUGAGAAAACCAUUGAAGCCAAAGAUACAGUGGUGGAUGAAGCUCAAAAAGCUUCAGAAUAUGUGACGGAGAAAGGUAAAGAAGCUGGAAACGAGGUGGCUACGUUCGUCGAGGAUAAAUCAGGAGAGGCUAAAGAUGCUCUUAAGUAA